UUCAGCAGCUCGAGACACACCACACCGAAGAACCUGCGAGAGAAGAGAGCCGCUGCUGCUGGGGAGUAAACGAUGCUUUCCUCUUUUUGGGAUUCAUUCGAAUUACGAAAUUGUGGAUUUAUACGUGUUUGUGGAAGAUAUUGAAUUCAAAAGGAUAUUAGGCUACACGGAAUUGAUACUUAAUCAUCAUUAAAGGGGAUAGAGGGUGAGACGGUGCCAUGACAGUUGACUUGUGAUUGCAUCUAGAAGAGCCUAGAAGCCAACAUUCACCUGCAUUACCGUCAUCUCUAAGUUGGAACAUUAUCAUCAUGAAGAAAAUGUCUAACACCCUCCCGCUCUGUCUGCUUACCAUUCUGCUGUUGUCCCAGAUCUGCUCCGGUAUCAAAUGGCUGGCCCUAUCACACACACCUGUGUCCUUACACAUCAACCAGACCCACCACUGCAAGCUGCUGCCGGGCCUGGUGUCCUCACAAGCCCAGCUGUGUCGGAGCAACCUGGAGCUCAUGCAGACCAUCAUCGCUGCAGCCCGCGAGGUCAAGAAGACCUGCCAGAAGACCUUUGCUGACAUGCGCUGGAACUGUUCCUCUAUUGAUAUCCCCAGGGACUCCUCGAGGUAUCGACCGGACCUUGACAGAGGCACGAGGGAGUCAGCGUUCGUGUACGCCCUGUCCGCGGCAGCCAUCAGCCACACCAUCGCGCGGGCGUGCACAUCGGGGGACCUGCGGCUGUGUUCAUGUGGCCCCAUCCCCGGAGAGAUCCCUGAGCCAGGCUACCGCUGGGGUGGCUGUGCAGACAACCUGCACUACGGCCUGGUCAUGGGCUCCAAGUUCUCUGACGCCCCCAUGAAGAUGAAGAAGGCAGGCUCCCACGCCAACAAGCUGAUGCACCUGCACAACAGUGAAGUGGGGAGACAGGCCCUGAGGGAUGCGCUGGUGAUGAAAUGUAAGUGUCAUGGUGUGUCUGGCUCUUGCUCCAUACGGACCUGCUGGAGAGGCCUGCAGGAUCUGAAGGAUAUCGCCAUGGACCUGAAGACCAAGUACCUGUCAGCCACCAAGGUGGUGCACAGACCCAUGGGUACGCGCAAGCAGCUGGUUCCCAAGGACAUCGACAUCAGGCCCGUUAGGGAGAACGAGCUGGUUUACUUGCAGAGCUCCCCAGACUUCUGUGCCAAGAACGACAAGCUCGGCUCCAUUGGCACCCAGGACAGGCAGUGCAACAAGACGUCCAUCGGCAGCGACAGCUGCGACCUGAUGUGCUGUGGGCGAGGCUACAACCCCUACACAGAGAAGCUGGUGGAACGCUGCCACUGCAAGUACCACUGGUGCUGCUAUGUCACAUGUAAGAAGUGUGAGAGGAUUGUGGAGAGAUACGUCUGCAAAUGAGUCCAUGUUGUCUACUUCAUCCAUCCAGUCUCUGGGCUGGGGCCACAGAUAACCAAAGCACUACGUUUCCAAGAUGGCUUACUUUUGUCUUAAGCUUUAGCAUGUAUAUUUUGACAAGAAACAGUUUAUUUUUGUUCAUAAUUCUUUAUUAAACUCUGACCCACAAGCUGGACUAAAAAGUUAAACAUUUUUACGAACGUGGACAAAUGGGUGUUGUGACAAUGCCUAUCGGUUUACGUGAAGACCACCGUCCUCAAGGGUUUUUUCUUUCCUUACACUUUCCUUACACUUGCUAUACUUGGAUAUCAAAAGUCUAUUUUCAUAUACCUUUAUUAAAAUAAAUGAUAUUGGAUGUUUGUUUUUUUGUACUUCUGGUCACGCUCUGAUGUUGACGUUCACCGUUUCCACGGAGUUCAAAGGGUUCUGAAGGAUCCAUAUUUUUUAUUGCUCAAAUGAUACUUGUUUUUUCAAGAGAGAAAGACACGCAAAGAAAGAGAGGAAAAGGGUACAAAACACACAAAGGGAACUUCAAGUACUUUCAGUAACUGAUGUUGAACUGUGGACACUUGAACUCGAAUGGGGACUCGCCUGCAGACAGAAAGUUCUGUGUGCAUCCUCAGAAAAAGGAAAAAGAACUCCCAGUGGUAGAAACAGCACAUCAUCCCUAUAAUGUCUGACAUGCAGGUAGUCCAAAGCCUAACGCUCAGAGCAUGUGAACAGAACACAUCGGUCUCAUAUAAUCCUGUGUUAUUAUGAACCACUCUUGAGUGGAUGUACAUACUGUCUUUUUGUAUGCUGAAUUAAAUAAUUAAAUAUUUAUAAACUAAUUAAAGAAUCUUUACCAAGCUCGUAAAAAAUUUCCCAAGACCGCACAUUAUCAGCAUCAUCAUCAUCAUCGUGGUGAAAAACUUGUUGGUCAUUUAGAAAAAACUUGUCAAGAGAACUACAUAAUCUCACAAGUUGAUGUUUUUGGAAUAGACUAGCUAUAUUUAUUCCCCUCGAAGCAUUACUGUUUUAAUCUCCAAGUGUUAAGAAAAUAAAUAUUUCACACAAUCAUCUGUGAACCUAUGAUAAAUGAACACACUUGUGAUGUGUUGUAGUGUUUCAUCUCAAGGCCAAUUGUGAUCAACCUCUCAAUUACAAAAUACCUGGGAUACUGUUUGUUUGGACAUUCCUCACUGUCACAAAGACCAUUGUAAGAAAGCUUUAAUUCUAUCACAGGUUUAGCCUAACGCUCAUAUGAAUUAGGUGAGAUCUUGGAAGUGGUUAAACCUCUAAUUAAAAAACAAAAUAAAUCUAAUUUAUUUGAAUACAAAGGGUUAGGUUGUUACUAAAGGGAAGUAUUACCCUCUGACCAAACGUUGUGUUGCCUUGUGGUUCUCAUAAUUCUUAACAGACACAAAUAGCUAGUGAGGGCUUGAAGCUAAGCAUCUUGGCCAAUGCUGUGCUCUGACACAUUGAGGCUCCAACCUGCACAUGUACCACUAUUGACCUAGCCUGCCCAUGGGGGCACAGAUGCUGCCAACACAGCUACAGCAAUAUAGAACAGCAGGGGAAGUAUGUUUAAUAGAACGCAAUCAUUGUUACAUGAGCUUUUUGGAGGCCUUUUAUGAGCUCGGUUUGUGUUUGCAGCGGUCAAUAGCUGCUAACAAAUUGGUUGAUAGGCAUGUUUUAACUGAUUAAAGUCUUUCUAUUUUUAGGAAUUAUGAGAAAUGUACAGCGGAGUGGAUUCCAGAUACACUGGCGUGUUUGAGUGGUAAGGCGAAAGUAGCCGACUGUAAACGGAAGUUGACAGUAAAGUCAGGGGAGGUUCAAAUGCACCGACAGCAAGUUGGACAACUUCUGCUGUUUCUAGGAAACGUUACAAUGGGAGACAUGGCAGGGUAGCCUAGUGGUUAGAGCGUUGGACUAGCAGCUGGAAGGUUGCAAGUUCAAACCCCCCAGCUGACAAGUUACAAAUCUGUCGUUCUACCCCUGAACAGGCAGUUAACCCACUGUUCCUAGGCUGUCAUAGAAAAUAAGAAUUUGUUCUUAACUGACUUGCCUAGUUAAAUAAAAUAAAAAUUUCCUUUGUUAUUGUUGAUAAAGGUGAUGUUAUCAAAAUUACACUUCUACACAAAGCUAAACAUGAUCAACAUGUUCUAAAGAAUUCAUAUUUUGAUAAGGAAAUAAGAUACCAAGUUCACAGGACUUGUUUUGUAUUUUUGUGAUGGUUUUCUCAAAAAUAUUAGCAGGUAGUGAGUGCACAGGCUGCUAGAAUGAGAACAUACAGAGCCCUCUGUAAUUAUUGGCACAGUGAAGCAUUUAGUCUUCUUUUGGCUCUGUACUACAGCACUUUAGAUUUGAAAUUAUACGGCGAUGAGGUUAAAGUGCAGACUGUCAGCUUUAAUUUCAGGUUAUUUGCAUCCAUAUCGGGUCAACCGUUUAGGAAUUACAGCAAAGCUAUCAACAAGGCAAGGGGUGAAUACAUUGAAGUGUCUGAAAUAUAAAAUAUUUGUUUAAGACUUUUUGGUUACUACAUGAUUCCAAAUGUGUUAUUUCAUAGUUUUGACGUCUUCACUACUAUUCUACAAUGUAGAAAAUAGUAAAAAAUAAAGAAAAACCCUUGAAUGACUAGGUGUGUCCAACCUUUUGACUAACACGCAAUGAUUGCAUCAAGCUUGUGACACUACAAAUUUGUUGGAUGCAUUUGCUGUUUGUUUUGGUUGUGUUUCAGAUUAUUUUGUGCCCAAUAGAAAUUAAUAGUAAAUAAUGUAUUGUGUCACUUUGGAAUAAUUUACAUUGUAAAUAAGAAUAGCAUAUGUUUCUAAACACUUCUAAGCAUGUACAUUAAUGUGGAUGCUAGCAUGAUUGCGGAUAGUCCUGAAAUGAAUCGUCAAUAAUGAUGAGUGAGAAAGUUACAGAUGCACAAAUAUCAUACCCACCAAAAAAUGCUAGCCUCCCCUGUUACUUGCCAUUACUUCAUGCCUUGUACCUUCCUCAUUAUUAUUUGUGAUUGUGCAACAUGGAAUUAUAACAGAUGUGAUUAAAUGGAGUCCACAAAGA